UGACCGCGCCUGCGUCGCCCCUUGGCUCCGCCCAGGAAGGGGCGUGUCCGGCGCGCGCGCGCGCGGAUUUGAAAGGGCGCGCGCGAUUGGGAGGGCCGCGAUUGAUCGUGAUCGGGAUCGGGAUCGGGAUCGGGAAAACCGGACACCAAAACCCCCGGAUACCCCCGGACUGAGACCCCCGGGGACAGGAUCGGGAUCCCAGCCAUGGACACCUUCCAGUCUCCAGCUUGGCUCCUCCCGCAGGGAGAGACCAGACGCAGGCCCGUAUCCGUCACUAUCCCUGCCUCUCCCUUCAUGCAGAAGUUGGGAUACGGCACCGGAGUCAACGUGUACCUGAUGAAAAGGUCUCCCAGGGGUUUGUCCCGCUCCCCCUGGGCCAUAAAGAAGAUCAAUUCCAAGUGCAACCGGAGCCAGCAGAGCCUCUACCGGGACAGGCUGAGGGAAGAGGCCAUCCUGCGGGACCUCCAGCAUCCCAACAUCGUGGGAUACCGGGCUCUCACGGAGGCUCCCGAUGGCAGCCUGUGCCUGGCCAUGGAAUUCGGGGGGGAAAAGUCCCUCAACGACCUGAUCGAGGAGAGAGGGAGAAGGCCUGUGCCCCUUCCCGGCCACAACCAUCUCCAGGUGGCCCUGAGCAUGGCCAGGGGGCUGAAGUACCUGCACAGCGAGAAGAAGCUGCUGCACGGGUACAUCAAGUCCCCCAACGUGGUGGUCAGGGGGGACUUCGAGGCCGUCAAGAUCUGCGACGUCGGAGUGUCCCUGCCCCUGGAUGAGAAACAGGACCGGUGAGCGUUCCCGGGAAUAGGGUGCCUUGUCCCGGCAGUGAGCGACCCCCGGCUGUGCUACGUGGGCACGGAGCCCUGGAAGCCCAAGGAGGCGCUGGAGGAGGGCGGGACCAUCACGGACAGAGCCGACAUCUUCGCCUUCGGCCUCACCCUGUGGGAGAUGCUGACCCUGAGCGUCCCACACCUGCACCUGGACAGCGGGGAUGAAGAGGAUUCCCUGGCCGAGGAUCUCUUCGACGAGGACGCCUUUUACGCGGCGCUGGGGACGCGCCCGGCCCUGAACCUGGAGGAGCUGCAGGAUCCCUCCUACCGACCCAUCAUCGACCUCUUCUCCGUCUGCACCUCCCAGGAUCCCGGGAAAAGGCCCUCGGCCGCCCGGAUCCUGGAAGUGCUGGAAGGGAUCCAGCCCCAGCCCUGAGUUCCAGCCCCGUGGGAUCCCGGGAUCGCCUCCGGAAAAAUCUCCCCUCCCUCAGGGACGAGCUCCGUGUCCUGCUGUUUGAGGUUUGGGGGUUCCAGAACCUUCUCCCUCCCUUUUUUUUUUGGGAUGGGGUUUUCCUUGGGUUUUUUUUUUGUUAAAAAAUAAACAGUUUUGGGAAUC